GCGCUGCAGGAAGCACAUCUCAAAGGAAAACAACGAAAUGAAUCCCGGAACUAGUGUGAAGUAAGCCCUCGGAUGUACGGUAUAUUUUGUAGACGGACCAUUCCUACAGGCUAAUGUGUCCGAUGCAGCUGAUCUUCCUCAGGUCACAAACCUUAAUCUAGUAGUAGUAGUAGUAGUAUAAUAUAUAGUCGUGUUCUCCGCGUGCGUGUGACAUAAGUCUUUUAAUGUUUUUGAAUUAACGAAUUAAGUACGUAUGUUCCCAUUCUGGCGUUUCUGCUUACAAGUGACCGUCAACCAGCUGCUUACAACCCGUCUGUCACAGAGGUACCACAGUAAUUAAUAAUAGUAGCGACAUACAUCAAACUUCAGACCCCAGGCUGCGUUGAAAUAAUUUCACUCGCACCAAUAGUAAAGAUUCAGUUGAGACAGACCUAAACUGAUUGUUACAAUCUUGUUAAAAUUGUGGCAUGACGUGAUUAUCUUCUGAAGACUCAGAGUAGUGUAGUAGUGGUCAACCACUGAUGAUUUUGCUGGUUUACAUUAUUGCAAUUUUAACCCUUUUUUCCCCCCAGACUGUGUUUUCUCUAAAAUAAAAUUUUAAAAAACACAUUUAAUGCAGAAAUGGAUGAUGACAUGCCAGAAGAGUGCUUUUCAGAGCUCAAGACUGGGAACCUUGGAGUAUGGGGUGUUGCACAGAUAGCUGCUGGCACUGGGCUUGCUGUAUAUGCCAUGUGGGUGGGAAUCCUCCAGCCAGGUUUCCGAAAAGUCCCUUUAAAGCUGCAGGUCCCUUAUAUUCCAGCCAGCAAAGUUCAAGUUGAUAAUGUCAUGAGAUUGUUGAGUGGUCGAAAAGGAGGCCUUGUCGAUUUGGGGUCAGGUGAUGGUCGCAUUGUAUUGGAAGCCCACCAGCAGGGUUUCACCCCCUCUGUUGGUUAUGAGCUCAACCCUUGGCUUGUCCGUCUUGCCCGCUUUCAUGCAUGGAGAGCAGGCCAUCAAGGAAAAGUGUCGUACAGACGAGAAGAUCUCUGGAAGGUUGACCUAACAAAAUGCAAGAAUGUCACAGUGUUUUUGGCUCCCAGCGUGCUUUCAUUAUUACAGGAGAAGUUGCAGAAUGAGCUUCCUGAUGAUGCCUUAGUUGUAGCUGGACGUUUUCCCUUUCCUGACUGGAAACCCUUCAAGAUUGAGGGCCAGGGUGUGGACAGAGCCUGGGCAUAUAGCGUGCAAGCACAAAGACAGCAUAUCUUCAAGAAAAACAACACACUAACCUCCAGAUAGCGACCUUGACAAUGAACUAUCCAUAGCAAAAUUAUCCACUUGAAGUUAUAUGACAUCGCUGGACUUUUGCCAUCCUAGGUAUCAUAGAAAUAUUAUCACUAACCUACUGUUUAUAAAAUGUAAAUAUCCUGGAUUGGGACUAUCAAGUACAUUUACUGCACAAAACCAUGUUUUCUACUGCUUUAAAUUUAUUCUCCAAACUGUUAUCUGCAACAUUGGAAACACUUCUGCCUCUCGACACCUUUACACGUUUGGGUGAUCACCUGCUUGGGGAAGCAAUGCUUUUAUUGUUUGUUUUUAACAAGCUUAUGUUAAUUUUAAAUCUUGUAACUUAUAUUAGAUUACUAAGUAUGAAGACCAUAACUAAUUCCUUUGUGGAUAAUGAUCAGGCACACUUUGUGCUGGAGAAACUAUCCCAGGUUAUAAUGCAUGUAUAAACCCCAUCAGGUCAAUGGUGUGCAUCAUCUGAUGGCAUAACAUAGUUAUAUAUGUGCACAUAUUAAUCUAUCUUCAUUCUUUUGCAUUAGAUUUUACUUGUCAAUAAACCUUUCUGCUGUAAAAAUAA